UUGCGUGACAGCUGCACAGCUGUAUCCGGAUGAAAGGUUAUAUUCAGAUUUGAAAAGCGGUUUCAGGCGAUAUGUUCGGAAUUUUCUCGUUGUUGGUGCAGUUCUUCCGUUUGGGCCCAAAGGAGUUCUACAAGGUUCGCUUCAAGCUGCCUGCCAUUCGCUUCAUAGACAACACCUUGGAUGUGCUCAGAGCCAAAUCGAAGACUGGAAUAUACAACACCAAAGAGGUGUUUAUCAAAGGAACAGUUGUAGCCUUCAUCACAACAGUGCUAGUAUGGCUAUCCGUCUUCAUGUACCUUGCCUUCUACUACACCUACGUCCCUUCAGUUGCCCACGAGAGGCCUGUCCAUCUGAAAUUCACCCCUAGAGACAACAUAGCCAACUACAAGGAAAAUGGCCCACAUUCAUAUUUGAAUGCCCACGUUGAGUUGACCAACAGGCAGCAGCUGCUCAUGAUGGGUCAACCGUACAAGGUUUUCUUAGAUCUGGAGAUGCCCGAAUCUCCUGUAAAUAAGGAGUUAGGUAGCAUGUUCAUGGUGUGCACCCAGUUCCAUGGAAAGAAAAGUCUGAUAGCACAAUCCUGCCGCUCUGCCAUGCUGGAAUACAGGAGUCCACUAUUGCAGUUCCUGUACACGAUAGUGUACAGUCCGUUUUUCCUGUUUGGCGCCGCUCAGGAAAAGCAGAAGCUGCACAUUGAACUCUUCUCAAAUUACGAGGAACAGACCGGACCCGCCGUUACCGACGUUUACAUUGAAAUCCAAUCGAUGUACAUCGAACUGUACUCGGCCAAGUUCCUAAUCAACGCCGAGUUUACAGGUCUUCGGUAUUUUAUGUUUAAUUGGCCGGUCCUAUCCGCAAUCAUCGGAAUCACCUCCAACUUGUUCUUCAUCGCAAUUGUCGGUAUCAUAAGCUGGUACCAGUUGAUACACUCUGAAGAGUACAGGAAAUACAUCCGAAGUAAAGAUAACAUUCAGGAUAAGUUCCAAGGUUCUAUGGAAGAUUCGUAUUCCUCGUCUUCGAUAGAAGAUAUUUCAGGUAAAGAGCUAAAAUUCGGUGAAGAGUAUAUUAACAAGAUGGAAUAGGAACGAGAUGAACAAAAUGUAUUUGAAAGGCUGCUACACAUUCAUCUAAUCCACUGUAAGAUACUACACCAUUCCGAUUUGCGAGCAAACACCAUUCUUUUUUUUUUAACCAAAGAUGACGAUUCAAUUAGAGUGUGCUUUAUAGAAGGAAAAUAAUAUACAUAUAUUUUUUA